AUGUUACUGCAUCCUUCUGACGAACAGCAACGUCGCGAUAGUUUUCGUUCCUACGUGGCAGCAUACGACAGUCAUGUAGAGGUUAAAGAUAUUAACGAAACACCGAAUUUCAUUCUUUUAAACGGGGAGAUAGUGUCAUCACAAUGCAAUGAUGUGCUACUCUAUCCACCCUUCCAGGAUAAUUACUUUGGGAAACUUUAUUGCACCAACUUUCGCAUAUGCUUUAUACCACUUUCCCAAAAGCAACCAGAUCCAUGCUGCAGUCGGAGCGUCAUAUUUGCAGAUGAACACCAGGUACCUCUGUGCUCCAUUGCUUCCAUAUAUUACUCUCCGUCACCCAUUGUUGGCCAUUCGAGUGCUUCUCCGAAGAAAUACAGAUUAAUGACAGCUCCAGCCUCACAACUUGAUAUUAUUUCGUCAGUUAAAAUCUACACGAAAGACUUUCGGGUAUGGACCUUUGAUCUACAGCGGAGCCAGUUUGCCGUAAAUCUUGCAAAUAAUAUUUAUCAUUUUUCUCGCCCUUCUUCGCUUUCCAAUUUGUUGCAACUUUCUUGCGAAGGAUUUCGAAAAACGCCUCAACCAGCACACAACGCACUUCUAUAUAAUAAUGGGAAUGACUGGCGAAAAGAGUUGCUGAGAUGUGGGGACAGCGAAACACGAUGGCGUAUAUGUUUUUUGAAAUCAGAAAUAUCUCAGCAGAAGGCAGUUGUGCCCAGUUAUCCAUUUUGUGUUGUUGUCCCGAGUGAUCUCUUUGAUGUUACAGUAUAUGAAAACCUUAUACCCAACUGGUGUAAUGGUAGAUUCCCGGUUUGGUGUUGGUCAUCUUCAAAUGGUAGUGCAUUGCUUCGUUCGUCUGCUUGUAAUAAGGAUCUUAAUGCUCAAGAAUUGUGGAAAAAAGUAUUGUGGCCUAUUUGCCAAGCUCAUCCUCAUCGUCGACCACCUCAAGUAAUUGAUUGUGACAUAUCCGCUGUGCGUAUAUCAUCUUCGUUCGAGAAACUCCGCGAACUUUGCUCUUUAGACUCAAAGGAACGUUUCACCGAAAAAGAAAAGGAAUGGUAUACACUGGUUGACGAUACAGGCUGGUGUGCUUUAGUAUUUCGAUGUCUUCAACUGUCGAGUAAAGUUAUUCACAGACUCAUAGAUAAUCAGCGAUCUGUUGUUGUAACUGACGGAGAUGGUUUCAACGCAUCAGCAGUGGUAUCAUCAUUGGUGCAGGUGUGUACGGAUCGUUUCUAUAGAACGAUAACUGGUUUUAGCGCUCUCAUUGAGAAGGAGUGGAUAGCACUAGGGCAUCCCUUCGGGCUCAAUAUGUUUGGCUGUACUCUUAUAGCCAAUAUCCCGCAUUCACGGCCGAAAGCCUGUACAGCAACUUUCCUCUUAUUUCUGGACUGCGUAGCACAACUUAUACGUCUUCAUCCACUCUCGUUUGAAUACUCGCAUUACUUAUUAAUCGCACUCUGGGAUUUAUCCAUAACUGGUCUCGCAUCCGGUUUGACCUGCAAUUCAGUGAAUGAUAGAUUGGCUCUAUGCAAAACAGCUCCAACUUUUCCUCUAUCACAAUAUUACACAUCGAAAUACUGUCUAAUGUUCACCAAUGUGCUUUAUUCGGCGAACCUUUUACUUGGUUUCGAGUCAGUUCCAGUGAUACGACCUUCUUCUUCUCCUAUUGAUGUUCAGUUUUGGGAUGAAUGUUAUCUUCGAUGGGUGCAGCCAGCAAAUAUCGCUGAUGGUGGUAUUCUCACCAAAGAUGUAGCGUUGAGCUCGAUAUUGUCAUCAGCUGCAUCUGUGGCUUAUCCAGAAUGUAAUGCAGUUGUAUGGCGACAACGUCUCCAUCCUGCACUAGAAGCAUCAUCAAUCAGUUCGUCAUAUCCUUAUUCAGAUGCUUUACCCAAAAAUACUCCUGCUUUAAGUGAAGUGAGUAUCAUAUCGGAUACUGCAUCCACAAAAUCAUUACGACUACAAUUAGAAAGGACCAGUAUUAACCUCAACCCAGGUUCAGUGAAGGUCGGAAAAGAAAGACGAUUUUCAACAACUUCACUGAUGACACGUGUGGAUCGUUUAGUAGAAUCGACUAUGCUGCGCUCUUCGUCAUCUCGUCCCCAACAUCAUUCCCCACCGGGAACUCUCGUAUAA